CUCUUAGUUCCCAAACCUGAGCUUGCCUCUCGCCCAGAAGAGGCCGAAGAGGAGAUGUUCGUCCCAUUUCCUGUAGCAAGUGAGAGACUCCUAGGCCAAGAUUCAGGGACUGAGAAGAGAAGCUGGGUGAAGAGGGAGACCUCCCAAGAGGAAAAGACGGGGGCUUUGACAGGAUUGUCUCCGUGGAUUGUUCCUUCCGCGAUGGCAGAAGUCCAGGAGCAAAGAUGUGAUGGGAAGAGAAGUCGGCUCAAGAUGGAGGCCUCCCAGGAGGGAAAGAUUGGGACAUUAGGAGAAAUAUCCCAGUGGAACAUUCCCGCGACUGCUGCCCUUCAUGAGCAGAGAUGUGAGAAGAACAGCUUGAUCAAGAUGGAGAACGCUCAGCAGGGAGAGGCCAUGCCAGCAUUAACAGAAAUGAAUCCGUGGAACCUGCCUCUGACGACAGCCUUUUAUGAGCAAAGAUACGAGGCCAGCCAGGAGCUUGAGAGGAAGCGUCCAGAAGAAGAUGGAGGAUCUGGGAGGUUCUCGGAGAGCCUGACGAUUGCCAUGGGAGAAAACUCCAGAACGUGGGACUCGAGACCUAGGAAAUUCUUGGUCUCCAAAUACGGGAGAAAGUGCAACUACAGGUUAGGUUUUGUUAUGAAACAUCCUGCGGAAGACCAUUACGGACAUCCCAUGUCUGGCGAAAACCUCCAGGAAAAAACGUACCUUGUGACACCCCAGAAAAUCCAGCCUGGGAGGAAAGCACACGAUGGUUCUGAGUGCGGGAAGAGCUUCCAGCCGAGAUCUAAGCUGGUUAGACACCAGAGAACCCAUACGGGGGAAAGUUCCUACGAGUGCCUCGAGUGCGGGAAAAAUUUCAUUUCCCGAGCGACGUUAAUGGUGCACCAGAUCAUCCAUACCGGAGAGAAACCGUUCGGAUGUCCUCAGUGUGGGAAGUGUUUCAAUCAGAGAACAAACCUGUUGAGGCACCAGAGGAUCCACACUGGGGAGAAAGUACACGAAUGCCCCAAGUGUGGGAAGAAGUUUUAUCGGAAAGAUAAGCUCAUUCUGCACCAAAGAGUUCACACAGGGGAAAAACCUUACGAGUGCCUCCAGUGUCACAAAAGUUUUACUGCUAAAGAGAAAUUAUUGAGGCAUCAGAGGAUUCAUCUAGGUUAUUGCUCCGCAUCUCACCAGGAGGAUUCCCCAAAGGGCCAUUUUGAGACAGAGAGAAGAGCUCCAGAAUUCAAAAUGGCGGAGAGGCUGGAAGCUCCCGGAAAAGGUGACCACAUCAUCCAGGGGACAAGCUCGAAGGAGUUCUUGGGGCAAACAACUCUGCAAAAUGGCAAACUGCCGCCUCUUGAGAGGUUUCCCCAGCUGUGGGUGGCCCAAUGUCAAGAGUUCCUCAGAGUCCUGCAUCACCAUCACUUAGGGUGGGAAAACCCAACACUGGCCAAACUCGGACCGUGGGAUGAUGCCAAGGCUUUCCUAGCUUCUUUUGAGCAAGUUGCCGAAGCCUGCCGAUGGCCGAGAGGAGAAUGGGCAGCCCGGCUCCUGCCAGCCUUGAGCGGAGAAGCCGAAGGGGCCUUCAGCAGCCUCGAAGCCGGAGACCGGGAGGACUAUGAGAAAGUGAAGGCUGCCAUCUUGCGAAUAGAAGCCAACAGGAUGGAGACGCUGCGCCAGCACUUCAGGCAAUUCCGCUACCAGGGAGUCGAAGAUCCGCAGAGGAUUUAUGGGCAGCUUCGGGAGCUUUGCCACCGGUGGCUGAAGCCAGAGAGACGCAGCAAGGAGCAGAUCCUGGAGCUGCUGAUUCUGGAGCAGUUCCUGGCUAUUCUGCCGCAGGAGAUGCAUGCGAACGUCAAAUCGUGGGAUGCAGAUACAGACUCCCAAAUGCUGGUGGAGGGAUUUCGGAGACAUCCCCAAGAGGCCAAGACUUGGGAAUGGCAGGUGCCACUGGACAAAGUGUCUGUGAGUCCCUCAAGCACGGCAGAGACAACUGAGAGUCGAAUCUAUGCAGAGGCUAAGGAGAAGAUCAACAAGGACCUCUGUUUGCUAGGUGAAGCCAAUGGCAUCACGGCCCCAGAUCACCCUAACGCGGUGCUUCCUCCUGAAGAACAAGACGUGGCUGAAGCUGGGCUCGCAGAGGGGAGUGUGCCUUUGAAUGACGUGGCUGGGGCUUUGGACAACACGGAAUGGUCUACAUUAAACCCCACACAAGGAACAAUGCAUUGGGAAGUCAUGCAGGAGAACUCCGAGGACAUCAGCUCUUUGGGAGGAUUCGUGAUUCCGAAACCAGAGGCGGUGUCCCAAAUGGAACAAGGAGAAAUGGCUUUCCCUCAGGACUCAGAGGCGCACGAGGUGUUUCCUGGGAGCAUUUCAGAUGCUGGUGAACCCCUUAAAAUCAAGGAGGAGGAUUAUCAACAAACACACAAAGAACCCAAUGAAUCAUUCAGUAUCUCACUGGAAAUAUCUCAAGGAAAGGCCUCUCUGGUGGCCGAGAUUCACGAAGAAAAAUGUGAAUCCGAGGGACAACAGGGGGAGAAGCUAGCGGAGAGGUGGGACGAACCCAUUGGGGUUGCAGAAAGGCAUAAGGACAGCCCAAGAUGUACACGAGCAAAUAGGUUUUUACACUACAAGGUCGGGAAGUGGCAUCGCUGCAAAGCAGGACUUGCUGCCAAUCCGAUGAUCCAUUCCGGAAUGACCCCUUACGAAUGCCACCUCUGUGGGAAGCGCUUCCAGAGGAAAAACUACCUUGCCAAACAUGAGAGAAUCCACGUGAGACCCAAAGUGUACCAAUGCUCCGAGUGCAGAGCGAGCUUUGGUCAGAGGGAAGCAUUUAUCCGGCACCGAGGGGCCCACACGGGAGAGAAACCCCACAAAUGUCCUCAGUGCGGCAAAUGCUUCAGCCAGAAGGAAAGCCUGACCAGGCACGAGAAAAUCCAUACAGGAAAGAAGCCGUUCAAAUGCCCUGAAUGUGGGAAGACCUUCUAUCGGAGGGAUUCCUUGGUAAGACACCAGAAGAUCCAUACGGGCGAGAAGCCAUAUAAAUGCUCGGCGUGCGGAAAGAGCUUCAGUCAGAAAGAGGUGCUGCUCAGACACCAGAGAAUCCACACGGGAGAGAAGCCAUUCAUAUGCCAUGUGUGUGGGGAAAGCUUCACUCAGAGAGCCAUCCUAACCAGACACGAGAGGAUCCAUGUGGGGAAAAAGACCUUACUCAUACUCUGAGAAUUCAUGCUUUCCUGUUGCCCUGAAUUUUUUCUUUUUUUUUAAAAAAAAAAGAGAAGCUGCUUGUUUCAUAUUACCUGUUUUGAGGGGGGGCAAGGGCCCUUUUUGUUAAAUCCAAAUAACUGUCGUUUUCUCAGGCGCAAGGCCCAAGUGCCCACAUCACUCUGUGGAAGGGCCUGUGCUUUUCUACCCAGGCAGGUCAAGAUCGACCCUUAGAAAAAUUAGGUUGCCAUGAGGGGGAGAACCUUUGGCUUAAGUCUCCCAGAAAACCAUCUUAUUUAUUUAUUUUGGACUACAUGUGCCAGAAUCCCCAGCCAGUGUGGCUACUUUGGGAGUGGUAGUCAUAAAAAUAAAUAAGAUGUCCAAAGUGCAGCCGUAUUCCAAUACGAGGCUGUUUUGUCUCUUCGUACGGCCAACAUCGGGGCCACAUGACAUUCGUCGUACCUUCCACAUAGGAUGGUUGUGAGGCCAGGAAGUAAAUAGAUAAUCUCAUUUUACUGAGGCUCUGACUAACGCUUGUACUCAACUCUCCCCUGAACCGAACACUGUCCAGACCCUCCCUGGGUAUCUUUGACCAGCUGGUGUGGGAUGUUAGACGACAGUUCCUCAUAAAGUAAUGGCACUAUAUUUUCACUGAUUUUAAUGGGGUUUAAACAGCAGUUCACUCAGUGGUUUACGUAUCUGGCUGAGGAGCCAGCGGUUGUUCGACUCCCCACAGCGCCUCCGGGGAGAAGGAGCCAGCCUGUGUGGCCUUGGGCAAGCUGCACAGUCCCAGAAUUAUCCCCAGAAGAAAGGCUGAGGAAACUGUUUCUGCCUCUUCUUUACUGGGAAAACCCUGAAAAGGGCUGGCGUUAAGUCGGGAUUGACUUCGCAGCACAUGAUUAUAACUACGCAGCAAUAUGGGUUGCAGGGUUUUCUAGGAAAACAUGUUUUAUGUUUGCUGCAUGGCUGUUCAGUUUCUUAGAUAUAUUUCUCCUCAUGUUCUGUUUUGUAUUUGAUUAAUAUUGUGAAGGUCUGUGUUUUUAUUCUUGUUUUUAUUUAAUUGGGCUGGUUUUCACACUUUUUCUAUGUGCCUUGUACAGCGCUUUUUUUUUUUGGAGGGGAAUGGCAGCUAGGAGGGAGAUUAAAGGCUGUUAAGACUUCUGCAAAUAAAGAUCCAGUAUUGGC